GAGACCAGUACCAUCUGAUCCAGUGAUCGAGUGACUCGAGUGCCCCAGGAAUUCCACAAAUUCCUCAUUGAAAUUCCCCGCGGCUUUCCAAUCCAUUCGGUGCAUCAGCCAGAUCCCCAUCGACGAUGGCUGGGAGUGUAAUGAGAUGUCUGAAUAAAAUUCAUUCGAACCCCAUCCCUGUGAUAUUCAGGAGUGCCAGCACCUCAAGUGCAGACUCGAGCGAAACUUUCGAUCUAGUUGUAGUUGGGGGUGGAAUAGUGGGUUGUGCAACGGCACGUGAGAUGUUGGAGAGGCACCCCCAGCUUAAAAUUGCAAUUGUAGAGAAGGAAAAUAAAUUGGCAAUGCAUCAGACAGGGCACAACAGUGGAGUGGUGCACGCAGGAAUUUAUUACACACCCGGAAGCAUGAAGGCGAAAAUGUGCGUCGAGGGCCUGAAAUUGUCUUACGAUUACUUUGGAAAGCAUAAUAUACCGUACAAGAAGGUGGGAAAGCUGAUUGUUGCUCAGACACCUGAACAGGUCAGCAGGAUCAAGGAUUUGUAUGAACGGGGACUGAAGAACGAGGUGCCAGGCCUGGAGAUGAUCGAGAAGAAUGAGAUUUCGAAAUUUGAGGAUAAAUGCAAGGGAGAAAAAGCAAUUUGGUCGCCAUCGACGGGGAUCGUGGACUGGGGAGAAGUCUGUCGUUUCUUCGCCUCGGAAUUUGAAAAAAUGGGUGGAAAAGUUAUUCUGAACAACGAAGUCACCGGCUUCAGAGAGAAUAACGAGUCCAAAGGGGGUCAAGGGCUCUCACCAAUAUCCGUUCUAUCAAAAAAAGGGGCCCUGCAAACAAAGUACGUUCUCACCUGCGCUGGUUUACACUCUGAUCGUCUCGCGGUGAUGACAGGCUGCGAUCUGAGCCCGAGAAUAGUCCCAUUCCGUGGUGAAUAUCUCCAACUCAACGAUAACAAAAAACACCUGUGCUCUACGAAUAUAUAUCCGGUGCCUGAUCCAAGAUUUCCAUUUCUGGGUGUUCACUUCACUCCGAGGAUGAAUGGAGACAUCUGGCUGGGGCCCAAUGCUGUCCUGGCAUUGGCGAGAGAGGGAUACAGGUGGACCGAUGUUAAUGUUAAAGACUGCAUCGAAAUGGCCAAGUUUCCAGGACUCUGGAAAUUGUGCUUCCGGUUCAUUCUCCCGGGAUUGAAGGAGGCUGGAAAAUCUAUUUUUUAUCCACUCGCCGUUAAGGAUCUUCAGAAAUUUAUCCCUGAGAUGACUUACAAGGAUGUCAAGAGAGGACCGGCAGGUGUACGAGCCCAAGCGAUGGACAAUGACGGUAAAUUGGUCGACGAUUUCGUAUUCGAUAGUGGCGUAGGUAGCCUAGGAGGCAGAGUAAUUCAUUGCAGAAAUGCUCCAUCACCUGCUGCCACCAGCAGCAUGGCAAUUGCCAAAUAUAUCUCCAACAAACUCGAGAAGGACUUCACAUUCUGAGACUUCUACCAGCGAAGUCCCAGGCUGCUGUCACGUGGAAAGCCAUAUUCGUCAAGACGACCAUGUACUCGAAGAAGGCAAACAUAGAAU